ACAGGAUCUUCACAAUUGACUGAGUCUGAGAAGACAGUAGGGCAAUCACCAGCUGUAGACUUAGAGUUGCCAGCAAAGGAGCAGACUCGGCCAGAAGCAAAAAAGGAUGAUUCUAAACAGCCUGAAGAUGAUGCCGAGUUUAGUUCUCCUCUGAUGCGGUUACUGCAGCAGGAACAUAGGCAGCAGGACUCUAUGCAAGAGCCAAAGCCUAGAUCUGGUCUUCUAUUUGAGAUCUCAAGUGAUGACGGUUUUCAGAUUUCUUCCAACAGCAUUGAAGAGGCCUGGAAAUCCCUGACUGAUAAAGUACAGGAAGCUCGAUCCAACGCAAGGCUAAAGCAGCUAUCUUUUGCAGGUGUGAAUGCUCUAAAGAUGCUUGGAAUUAUACAUGAUGCUGUUGUGUUCCUGGUGGAACAGCUCUAUGGUGCCAACAGGUGUCGUAGGUAUAAGUUCCGUUUCCAUCAUCCAGCUGGAGAAGAGGAGCCACCUCUGAACCCCCAUGGGUCAGCACGAGCGGAGGUGUACCAUAGGAAAUCCACUUUUGACAUGUUUAACUUCUUGGCUUCAAAACAUCGGCAACCUCCAGAAUAUAAACCAAAUGAAGAGGAUGAGGAAGAGGUGCAGCUGAAAUCUGUUAGGAGGGCCACCAGUAUGGACCUGCCUAUGCCAAUGAGAUUUCGUCAUCUUAAGAAGACAUCCAAAGAGGCAGUAGGUGUCUACAGAUCUCCAAUACAUGGUCGGGGUCUUUUCUGCAAGAGGACAAUUGAUGCCGGGGAGAUGGUAAUAGAGUACUCAGGAAAUGUUAUCCGUUCCACUUUGACUGACAAAAGAGAAAAGUAUUAUGAUGGAAAGGGAAUCGGUUGCUACAUGUUCCGCAUAGAUGACUCUGAGGUUGUUGAUGCCACUAUGCAUGGCAAUGCUGCUCGCUUCAUCAACCACUCGUGUGAGCCCAACUGUUACUCCCGUGUCAUCCCCAUUGAUGGACAGAAACACAUAGUUAUAUUUGCGAUGCGGAAAAUAUAUCGUGGUGAGGAGCUCACAUAUGACUACAAGUUCCCUAUUGAAGACGCUAGUAACAAACUAGCUUGCAACUGUGGAACCAAGAAAUGCCGCAAGUUUCUCAACUAG